AUGUUCUUAGCAGAAAUCGCUGGAGCGGUCACAUUCAGCAUAUGCGCUCUAUUCGCUAUGUUGUAUAUUCCUAUUUUAUACAUUUUCUAUUGUCGUAAAGAAUUUUGGUCUGUUCUGGCUUAUCGAUUCAUGUUCUGGAUAGGUGUUACGGAUCUCGGUCAACUUCUAAUAUUCGCCUUAUCUGGAUUAAUGGCCGUAGCUCAAACAGGAUUUUUCUAUUUCUCUAUUAAUAAGUUUUUUGGCUCAACACUUUAUGCGUUAUGGUUUGCUAUGUUAUUCCUAUCCAUGGUCACCACCAUAAAUCGAUUCGUAUCCGUUGUGCUGUCUUCAUAUUAUAGUAUAGUUUUCGCACAUCUAAACGUUCGGUUGAUCUACGCCGGAGCGCUUCUCGUUUUUCUUAUACCAUGGAUAGUGAAGCUGACACCGUACAGUAGUUACUAUUUCGACCCAAAAUCUCUAAAAUGGACUUAUCACAAGGGUGAUAUUGAGAUUCUUGUAACUUUAUCGCAUAUUUUCGGCACGUACGGGAUCAUAGUAGAGGUUAUUUGUGCUGUUCUUGUAUACUCGUUCAUUGCUGUACACAUUUUUUCAAGAAAGAAAAGAAGAAUAAAAUACUCAGAGUUCAUCGCAACCGUACAACACUUUUUUUCAUCCCUUGUUUUUUUGAUCGGAUUCGUCUACUGGGAAUUUGUCGAUGAUUUACUCGAAAAUUACGAACUUGUGAAUUUCUUCAGUAAUCUUAUAUGGAUAAUUAUUACCGGCUCAAAUCCAAUUGUAUAUCUCAUUGUGAAUAGGCGGCUACGGGCAUCAAUCUAUGCUCUUCUAAUGAAUAGAAAACUACAGCAGGAUCGAACGUUUACAGUAUUACCGGCAGCGGAUCGAAAUAAGAAUUCUCGGCUAAUUCCACCCGGCGAAGAUGGAAACGGUUGCGUGGAUAUGCAAUGUGAGGAUGGAAUGGUUUGCGUACAAGGUCAAUCCGGCUCAAAAUGCAUGUCUAAGGAUCCUGGAAACAACUGCGAAACAACCAGAUGCUAUGCCGGUAGCGUAUGCGAAUACACUGAGACCGAAUGUCUUCAAGAUCAAGCAUGCUUUGCUGAGCCUGUUUGUAAAAGAGCUGGACCACGAGAACCACCACCUGAGGAGAAUUCAAACAUAGUUGAUAACAAUUAUGGACCUGGAGUACAACAAGAUCUUCCUAAAGGAGGGGAUUCUGCAAGUCCACAAUGUGCUGGUCGAAGAAAUGAACGAUAUUAUCAGUGCAAACCGUGCGAAUCUACAUGUGUUGAUUGGGUGAUGAAGAGAAGUCCGUCAUGCCCCAAUCAAAAAUGUGUGCCCGGUUGUGCGUGUAUUCCGAAUUGGCAUCGUAAAAAUCAACCUGGACAAUUCUCUGGGACUUGUGUUCGACCUACAUGGUGUAAUCCAAUAACUGUGACAAAAACAGUAACAAAAGUUGUUCAACCGACGAAUACGGUACCUGGACCGCCUGCACCAACAAAUCCUUGUGCAACAACGGUGUGCAACUACGGAUCAACUUGUCAAAAUCAAGGAGGAAAAGCAGUUUGUGUGAGGUCACAACCUCCUGCUGGUCCAUCUUAUCCUCCCUCUCAACCGAGUCCACCCUCACCGAGACCAGGUCCGUCACCACCGUCGUAUCAACCAUCAGGACCAUCCGCUCCGGCACGACCACCAGCUUAUGGCAGCGGUCCUGGUCCCACUCCACCUCGACCCGUUAAUAUUGGUGUUCCGGGUGUGCCAGUUAUUCCCACUGGUCCAUUCAAUCCAGGAGGUCCCGUUGUUCCAAAUCCAGGAUAUCGACCAAGUGCUACCGUACAAGCGGAUGCUCCACGAGCUGGACCCACAAGGUGUCCCGCUAACGAAGUGCUAACUCAGUGUGGAGGUUGUGAAAAACAGUGUCAAGCAGGAAAUCCACCGAAACCGGUUCCCAUCUGCACAUCGCCGAGGCCAUGCGUUCGGCAAUGCAAAUGCAGACCGGGUUUUGCUCGAAUAAAUAAGGUUUGCACCAAAGAGAACCUCUGUCACACCAACUAUCGACCUCCGUUAACGGUGAAAACGAAUACCGUAGUGAAAACGUUACCACCGAAGACUGUGCCUGGGUCACCAUCUCCAAACCAGAAUCCAUGCGCAUCCGCUACUUGUGAGACCGGUUCCACUUGCCAGAAUGUUGACGGUAAAGCAGUUUGUGUCGCACCACCAGCAAAUCCAUGUGCAAAUGUGGUUUGUGAGGUUGGAAAGACGUGUCAAGUAAGCAACGGGAAAGGCGUUUGUACGGCAUCUGGCGGCACUCCCUCAUAUCCUCCUGGAGACUGUAAUCCUCCAUGUGGACCCGGAUUGGCUUGCCGGAGCGGAGUCUGCUAUAAUGCGAAUCGGCUUAGUGAUGACCCCACAGGAGCAGCACAGCCGCCAUGCACAGCAAAAUGUUCCGCAAAUCAACGAUGCGUUCUUAAAAGCGAUGACAACAGCUGCUACAAUCCACCUUGUCCAGGAGUGCCAACAUGUGUGAAUGUCAUCGCUCCACAGCCUUCACCGCAACCAGUUGGAAAACAAUGCACCAAACAAUGCCCGUAUGGACAAAUGUGCAAAUUGACAGUGGUUCAAUGCAUACGAGCACCUUGCCCACCAAUCCAGGAAUGUGUUCGAGCUUCCAUGGCCGAUGAUACGUCGAGAAAAAUAAUAACAGAUCCGUGCGCAACCGUCCGCUGCACUGCCACCACGAGAUGCGUCGCUCAAGGAGGGAGGGCCGGAUGCGUUCCUAUUGCAAAUGAUUCAACUCUACGUUUAGCUGGAUCCCAGUGUAAGAAACAGUGCCCUUACGGACAAGUAUGCCGCCUCACCCAGGUUCAAUGCUUUGCUGCUCCUUGUCCUCCACUGGAGGAAUGCGUUCCAGGACCAGCAAAUGAUGCAUACAUAAGAAAGCAAGUCACACCUUGUACUCUGCGGUGUCCGAUUGGUCAGAAGUGUGUUAUCCAGCAGGUUCAAUGUGUCCGUGCACCAUGUCCACCUCAACAACGAUGCGUUCCGAUGUCCAUGGCUGAUGGCUACUAUAAUCCUCAUUCAGUGCCAACGCUCACAUGUGCCAAUGUGCUAUGCGCUCCGGAUACUCCACGGUGUGUCGAGUCACCAUCCGGACCGAAGUGUGUAGCAGUGAAGUCGUGUGCGCAGCUGAAGUGCGCAAAAGGACAGCGAUGUGAGCAACCGGAAAAGUUUAAGGAUGCCACCUGUGUGACGGACACAAAAGGACCAGCAACAUCCACAACUUCCUAUGUCGCUAAACCAUCUCCUCCAACUCGACCCAUUGCCUGUAACCUGUUCUGUAUAAGGGGCAAAAGAUGUGUCGUGACAUCUUCUGGACCAAAAUGUCUUCCCAGCCCAACAUGCGAAGAAUUGAAGUGUCCAGUUGGUCAAGUAUGUAAGCAAGACAAUGAAAAUUAUGCUGCAUCGUGCGCUCGAGUUCAAUCAGAUAAUCCAUUAGGAGUAUGCACUCCUAAUUCUUGUCCACCGAAUCAGAAGUGCAUCAUUCAAACACAACAGAACACUAUAUGCAUCCCGACUCUUACAUGCGCGACGCUUAGAUGUGGUCCUGGUACGAAAUGCUAUCCGGGUGACUCGUCGAACGAUGCACAAUGUGUACCAUACAGCACGUGUAGCAACACUCCUUGUGAUUCGAAUUCAAGAUGUGUCGAGGGUGGUGGUCGGGCGGAUGCUCGAUGUGCACCAAUAGCUGUAUGCACCACACCGUGCUUAUCCGGAACGAUAUGCCGUAAGGGGAACUGUGUAACCUCCUGUGCUCAAACUCAGUGUGGAUCCGGACAAAAAUGCUCGCAAACUGACAACGGAGCCAGCUGUGUGGCUUCGAGAACUUGCGCUGCGCUGACUUGUUUUGCUGGAUUCAAAUGUCAGGAAGGAGGUCCUGGCAGAGACGCAAGAUGCGUAGCGAACGUUGGAGGAUUUGUCGGACGUAAUGCGGCCUCGUUUGACGCACCUAGACCGUGCACUUUGGCAUGUGCCAUUGGAACCACGUGCGUUGUGACGCCAUCGGGCCCAUCAUGUGUCCGAGUUCGGUCCUGCGGCGAAACUACUUGCGCGAGAAAGAUGAAGUGCCUUCAGAAUAGUCCCACGCAGGACGCAAUUUGUAUUCCGACAGCCACCUGCGAAUUACUUGACUGCACCAGCGGAUAUCAAUGCAUUGCUGGCGGUGAUAACGAGGAUGCGCAAUGUAUUCCCUUCGACACAUGUGACACCUUGCUUUGCCCUCCUAAUAUGAGGUGCCUUGACGGUGGUGGAUUAUCUAAUGCACGUUGUGUUGCGGCUCCAGGAUGUGCUCAGACAUGCGUUGGAGGAACUCGAUGUGUGAAAGGGACUUGUGUGACAACAUGUCAGGUGGUUCGUUGUGCUGGUGGGCAAAGAUGCGUUGAAACAGAAACUGGUGCACAAUGUAGCCAGACAAGAUCUUGUGACACCAUGAAUUGUUAUAUUGGAACACGUUGUAUAGAGGCGAGCGGAGGCGCCGACGCCUACUGUGCCCCAGUACGAGAUCGCGUAAAUCCACGAUUCCAGUCAGACACGAACGGAGGUUCUUCGAAUUUCUUACCUCCUGGUGAGGAGGAACGAAUCCAGAUUGAAUGCCGGGAAAUGAAUUGCGGGAAUGGAAGAGUGUGUCAGGAUUUCAUGCGAAAAGCUACGUGUGUGAUUGAUGAAAGAAAAAGCUGCAAAAAUCUCUGCCAACCCGGUAUGAUGUGCGUUCUCCAGAAAGUGUUCUGCUAUGCCCCACCCUGUUAUCCGAGAGCGGUAUGUAUUAGAGAUCCCUACUUCCACAAUGGAUCUCCGUUACCAACUCCACCACCACAGGACGCCGCUAGAAAACCAUUGAAACCCGAGGAUUGUGGAAAAAAUGAAAUGUUAAGCGGAUGUGGUGCUUUAUGCGAGGGAAAAUGUGAAAAUGUUGGAAAAGGACCAGUUGCAUGUCCGUUCAUCUGUUUACCACCGGCAUGUGCUUGUAAGGAGAAUUUCUACCGGGAUUCCAAGGGGAAUUGUGUCACCGCCGCACAGUGUUCGAAAUCAGCUACCUACCCAUCAUCAGCUCCAAAGGACACAAUGACAUCAUAUGGUGAUGAACCAAACACUGCCGUACAAUCGAAUGCCGCAUCAGUGGCUGCACCUACCUCGUCAGGAAGCUGUCCAUAUAAUGAAGUGCUCAACCAAUGUGGUAACCGCUGUGAGCCCACGUGUGCAAACGUCGACGGCCGGCCGAUGGUAUGCCCGAGAAUCUGCGGUCCGCCGGCAUGCGUAUGCGCUGCAGGGCUUUUCAGACGUAACGGAAUAUGCGUUACAAAGCAGCAGUGUUUAGCUCCGCCACAGGACGCCAUUAGAAAACCAGUGAAACCUGAAGUCACUGCCGUACAAUCGAACGCUUUAGUGGCUGCACCUACAUCGUCAGGAAAGUGUCCAUAUAAUGAAGUGCUCAACCAGUGUGGUAACCGCUGUGAGCCCACAUGUGCAAACGCCAAUGGCCAGCCGAAGAUUUGUCCGAGAAUCUGCGAUCCGCCGGCAUGCGUAUGCGCUGCGGGGCUCUUCCGACGCAACGGAGUGUGCGUUACAAAGCAGCAGUGUUUAGGCCCACCACAGGACGCAAUUAGAAGACCAGUGAAACCUGAAGAUUGUGGAAAUAAUGAAAUGUUGAGCGGAUGUGGUGCUUUAUGCGAGGGAAAAUGUGAGAACGUUGGAAAAGGACCAGUUGUAUGUCCGUUCGUCUGUUUACCAGCGGCAUGUGCCUGUAAGGAAAAUUUCUACCGGGAUUCCAACGGGAAGUGUGUCACCGCCUCACAAUGUUCAGCAUACUCUUCCAAACAAUCGGAUGCAGUAAUCAGGAGACCUACCCCGCCAGGAAGCUGUCCAUAUAAUGAAGUGCUCAACCAAUGUGGUAACCGCUGUGAGCCCACGUGUGCAAACGUCGACGGCAAACCGAGGGUUUGUUUGGCAAUCUGUGAUCCACCGGCAUGCGUAUGCGCUACAGGGCUAUUCAGACGUAACGGAGUGUGCGUUACAAAGCAGCAAUGUUUAGCUCCACCACAGGACGCCAUUAGAAAACCAGUGAAACCUGAAGAUUGUGGAAAUAACGAAAUGUUGAGCGGUUGUGGUGCUUUAUGCGAGGGGAAAUGUGAGAAUGUUGGAAAAGGACCAGUUGCAUGUCCGUUCGUCUGCUUACCGCCAGCAUGUGCUUGUAAGGAGAAUUUCUAUCGGGAUUCCAAGGGGAAUUGUGUCACCGCCUCACAAUGUUCAACAUACUCUUCCAAACAAUCGGAUGCAUUAGUGGCUGCACCUACCUCGUCAGGAAGCUGUGCAAGUAACGAAGUGCUCAACCAAUGUGGUAACCGAUGUGAGCCCACGUGUGCAAACGUCGACGGCAAGCCGAGGGUUUGUCCGGCCAUCUGCGAUCCACCGGCAUGCGUAUGCGCUGCGGGGCUCUUCCGACGUAACGGAAUGUGCGUAACGAAGCAACAGUGUUUAGAUAAGGAUACUAUGACUAGCUACGGAGACGAGCCAGAAGUACCAUUUGAUCUCUGCUCUUCCUUCAUAUGUCUGAAAGAAGAAAUUUGUGUACAGGAUGAGGGCGGUGCCCGAUGCGAACUAAACAUACCAGAAUGCGGCGAAAAUGAGCAGGUAGACAAUUGCGGGAAUCGUUGCGAACCUACGUGUGAGAAUGCCUACGGACAAGUCAAAGUUUGCCUACUGAUCUGUGAUCCACCCGCUUGCGUAUGCAAACCGAAUUACUAUAGAAAAGAUGGGAAAUGUGUUCCACAGAGGGAUUGUCCCCCACCAAAAACCAAGCCAAAGAGCUAUGUGGACGAACCUUUUACUCCCCCUUCAUCGAGUCCCAAGCCUACUACGAAAAGUUACGUGGAUGAACCUAUAACUCCACCACCCACUGCGUCAACGCCAAAGAAAAACAAUUAUGUUGAUGAACCGAUAACUCCUCCACCAGUUUAUGGAAAGACAUCUAGUCGUAGCUAUGUUGAUGAACCAAUCACUCCUCCACCAGUUUACGGGAAAACAUCUGAACGUAGCUAUGUUGAUGAACCAAUCACGCCGAAACCAGAUAAAGGCAAAAAUUAUGUCGAUGAACCAAUUACACCAAAGCAAGGAAAUGGGAAAACCUAUGUUGAUGAGCCGAUCACGCCAAAACCAACAAAUGGAAAAAAUUACGUGGUUGGACCACAAACACAAUGUAGCGCAAAUGAGACGCUAAGCGGUUGUGGGAAUCUAUGUGAAGGAAAAUGUGUGAAUUUGGGCAAGGGUCCCAUCGCGUGUCCAGCAAUAUGUGGACCACCAGCAUGCGCUUGCAAAGACAACUACUAUAGAAAUUCAGCCGGUAUAUGUGUAACGGCCAGGGAUUGCCCUCUCGUUUGUGGAUCUAACGAAGAGAUCAACAUGUGCGGAAAUUUAUGUGAACCGGGUUGCGAGAACGCAUUUGGAAAUCCAAAAGUAUGCAUCGAAAUAUGUAAUCCACCAGCAUGUGUUUGUAAACCAAACUUCUAUAGAAAGAAUGGAAAAUGUAUUACGAAGAAUCUAUGUUUUCCUCCAGCGAGUGGGAACGUGAACGUGAACAAAAAUACGUAUGUGGACGAACCGAUUACUCCAUCACCGACAGGAAAUGGAAAUAAGAAGAAUUAUGUGGAUGAGCCGAUUACUCCAUCCCCGAAAGGAAAUGGAAAUAAGAAAAACUACGUGGAUGAACCGAUUACACCAGCACCUGGCGGAAAAUCACAUCAGAACAGCUAUGUGGAUGAGCCUAUCAUACCAUCAACAAAUGGAAAAGUAAGCGCGAACAGCUAUGUGGAGAAACCUAAAACUAGAUGUAGCAUGAACGAAACGUUGGCUGAAUGUGGGAAGAUAUGCGAAGCGAAAUGUGAAAAUCUUGGAAAGGGUCCCAUGGUGUGCCCGGCUGUUUGCGAACCACCGUCAUGCGCUUGUAAGAAUGGCUACUAUCGAAACAUGGACGGGAAGUGUGUAGCUGAAAUCGAUUGUCCUUUUAAUUGCGGCCAGAACGAACAAUUGAAUCCAUGCGGGAGUCGUUGCGAACCAACUUGUGAGAAUGCCUUUGGAAAGCCGAAAGCCUGCGUGAAAAUAUGCGAUCCUCCAGCAUGUGUAUGUAAACCGGACUACUACCGUAAGGAUGGAAAAUGUGUUCCACAGAUGGGAUGCGGUGUACCGAGUGCGAGUGCAACUAAGGUGGAUACAAUGACAAGUUAUGUGGAUGAACCAUUAGUGCCGAGUAAGGAAGGAAGUAGCUGUGCUGAUACGGAUUGCGAGGAGGGCAUGGUGUGUGUUGAGGGAGACAUUCAGGCGAAAUGCGUCGCUAAAGAUCCAGCCGACAAUUGUGAAACGAAGAAAUGCCCAUCCGGAGCGAUGUGCGAAUAUCGUGAAACCGAAUGCAUCCCUGAUAAAGCGUGCUUUGCUGAAGCAGUUUGCACAGGAGACGGAAAUACAGGUUCAACUCCCGGGCCUACAGGAUCCACUAAAACAUAUGUGGACGAGCCUGAAACGGGUGGACCCGAACCAAAUCCAUGUUUCAAUUUCAAAUGUCCGAAUGGACAAGAAUGUAGUCUACAAAGUGGUGAAGCUAAAUGUGUCCCAAAAAUGAUGAAAUGUGGCGAGAACGAAAAAAUGAAUCAAUGCGGUAAACACUGUGAAAAUCAUUGCACAAAUGCUGGAAAGGGACCAAUACAGUGUAAAGCUCCAUGCACGAAGCCGGCAUGCGUAUGUGAUGACGGAUAUUACCGUAACAGUCUCGGGAAAUGUGUCCUCGAACGAUUAUGCUCAUUAACUUGCCAUCCAAACGAACACGCAAAUCCUUGUGGAGAUUUAUGUGAAAAGAGUUGUGAUGAGAAAUUGAAUAUGGAAAAAGAAUUACCGUGCAUUGAAGUUUGUGCUCCACCGGCUUGCGUCUGCAAUGACGGAUACCUGCGCUUGAACCGUGGAGGUCCAUGCGUGCCCACUAAUGCUUGUCCAAUGUAUGUUGACCGACCACCAUUACCACCAGGACAAAUAGGCGGAAAUGCGGGACCUUGUGCAAAUGCACCAUGUGGUGUGGGAUGGCAAUGCAUUCCUAUCGAAGGAAAAGCGAGAUGUUUGCCAGUUCCCAAUCCGUGUGACAAAUUUUCAUGCGCAUCUGAUGAAGAUUGUGCUCUCGACCAUGGUUUACCAUACUGUCAGAAGAAGAUCACUACAUGUCCUCAAAAUGAAACUCGUCAAGAAUGUGGCUCACUUUGUGAGGGACUUUGCCUCCUUACUAUUUUGGGUAAUCUAACCUGCGGUGUUGCAAACGUAUGUUCUUGGCCAUCAUGUGCUUGCAAUGAAGGUUAUUAUCGUGACGCAUUCGGACAUUGUGUUCUGGAAGAGGAAUGUUUCCCAGAUGCUGCUUGCUUCGCAUCGCCGGCACCAUGUAAAGAAACGGAAGCAUGUAUGGUGGAGAACGGGAAGAAGAAAAAAUGUUCCAAAAAAUGCACUACACCGGCCUGCACGUGCAAAAGUGGUUACUAUCGCAAGGAUAGCGAUUGUGUACCGAAACGAAGCUGUCGUCGUCAACAUUACGGUAAGCCGUUACGCUCCGGGCCAAAUCCACCGUCAGUUCGACCACCAUCCACGCAGCCGACUGCGGCUCCUACGACAACAACCACUACAACACGAGCUACCACCACGACAACACCUACCACCACAACCACCAGGGCAACCACGACAACAACAACAACACGUCGAACAACAACCACUACACAACGACCAACGACCACUACGACACCACGAUACACCUGGAAACCCAUCAUUCCAGGAAUGAUUCCAGGAAUUCGUAUAAAUCCACCUGGUUCGGGAUAUCCACUGCCGCCGCCGACAUAUCCUACCGCUCCAAAUUUCCGUCCUAUUGCACCGAUCUCUAUCCCGUCGCCUGGUCUGCCCACAAAUCCAGGAACGUCCUCUAUGGGAGGUUAUCCCUUACCUCCUCCUGGAGUCCCCGGAACACAGCUACAACCGUUGCCACCACCAGUCCAGCCGCUUCCUCCAGGAGUACAUCGUCCUGCACCUCCUCCGACGAUAACACGAGGUCUUCCAAGAACUGGUCAAUGGCCUGGUCAUCCUUUCCCAUCAUCCAUCCGUAAAAUUGGCGUAGGAAGACCUUCCGGCGGUCGCACGACGGUAGCACCCGGGACAACUACCAUGGCGACAUUUGGAGGUGGAAACGCUUGUGUGGGUGUCCGAUGCUUCGUAGGAUUCGCUUGUUACGUUGACAACACUAAUACAGCUCGAUGUGCUCCUCCAGGAAUUGCUCAAAAUAACCCUGGCAACUCGUACUCUUCGUCAUACACAGGGAAAUUGUCGUCCUAUGCCACCGGAGGUGCAACGGUUCCGAUCUCGAACUCACCAGCACUCAAGUAUCAACCUAACUACGAGGGAAGAAGAACAUGGCCAGUACGAUUACUUGAAAUGUCUGGAAACGGAAAUAUCGACACCUAUCCGACACCGCCAAGCGCUGGCCAAGCACCAUCAUCCUAUGCUAUCUCAGGUUCUUCGUCACAAAAAUCGUUUCCAGUAGCCAGUAUGGAGCAAAGGAAAUGGCCAGUAAGAUUGCUCGCUGAAUCUUACAAAGGGUAA